AUGCACUGGGCGCUUCUGUGCCACUGCGUCAACAGCAAAAUAUUCUUGGAAAAGUACGUAUUUGCAACGAAAGGAAAGCACCCCUUCUCUUCUGCUCUUCGUGGCAGCAUCGCUGAGCCUCAAGCCCUCAGUGAUCAGUGCGGAAGAAAAACACAGGGCGAGGCCUCAUUGUUGCUGUUUUGCUGCACCGACGACUGGCCCAUGAGUUCCGACUCGGCUGCCGCCUCCCACAGCCCCUCCCCACCGGCCCACCAUCCCCCUCACUCCCGUUCCCCAUCUCCUACGCCGCCGAGAGCGCCAUCGCCACCGCCACCGCCACCACCUUCCUGGCCGCGCGCCGCUGCGAAGGUCAGAAUGAGGCGACAUGGACAGGGGCAAUACGGUGAUGCAGACAACUAUCCCAUGACGUCUGCCCAGUUGCAUCACUACCAGCCACAGCAAAGGGUUCAACAGCUCCCUGAUACUAGUUACCCUGGAAGAGAUCCUGGGCAAGCUGCUGGGGACAACCAGUAUACCGCCCAGAAGCCGAGACAGAGCCAAUGGGAUAAAGGUGGACCGACGAAUCAGAUUUCACCGUAUGCAUAUAAUGAGGGUCAAGGUGCUGAGGGUACACGAUCCUUUUACGAUGGACAAAAAUCUGAUAUGAAGGUUGGUCUAGAAAAGCAACCAAGAAAGGAAUUGAGGGACCAGCCUCGUACUGAUAAGAUUGAAGCAAGGCAUCAAGAUCAUAAUCUUCCUAGCACAUUUGAAGGUCUAGAGCAGAAUUUUCGUGAAGACAUCGUGGUCCUAUCCAAGGAACUACAUGAUGCAGAGGAUGCUGAAAAUACUAGGCACAGGGAGAGAUUGAACGAGAUAAAUGUACAGUACCAUGAGAAACUCUUGGCACUUCGAGCUCGUCAAACAGCCUAUCGAGAAGAAUUCCUGCGCAAAGAGUCUCUGGAACGCCAACAGCAAUACCAAAAGGCCAGCAUGAGCAACUAUGCAAAUAAUGCUGUGCCUAGGGAACCACGUGGCUAUCUUCCAACAGCUACAGCCACGCCUCCACCUUCUGCUGCUGCUCCUGCUGGAGGUGCUUAUGGAGAGGCUCACCGGAGUUAUGCAUCUGGCCGGUACGAAUCCUUCGGGGAGCGGGCAGAUUACCCUGAGUUCCAUGCCGGGAGCCAAGGUCGAGGUCAUGGCUUUGAGCAGCGUGGUGAAUAUCCUGGCGGUCGUGCUUAUAAUUCUGGUGGCCGCAGAUUCUAGAGAUGGCUUGGUCAAACUGCCCUCAUCUCACCUGGUCCCAGCUUGUUGUGGGAAUCUUAAAUCAUAUUGUUAGUAGAUUAGUUCCAACCUUCUAGAAACCUGAACACCUGUAAGACCUGUUUUGUAAUUCAGUACCAAUGUGAUAACCAGGCAUUGAUCAAGUUCUUUCAUAGAUAGCCGAAGAUUGUCCACUGUUGAACCGUUGCACCUGUAGCUGUUUUGCAACCUUAUCAGCAUCCCUUUGGAUUUGUAAUUUUGUCGAGGAAAAGGAAUAACAAUGUAUCAUAUUGCUUAUCUGCUAA